AUACCUUGCUUUAAUUUCUUUUUUGGUGGCACAUUCUCAUCUUCCAGACCCAUUAGAAUAAUUACUAACAAUAAGACUCUUAACUAAAACUUCAAUUCUAAACCACUCAACAGGUAUCGGUAUUUUCUUAAUUUGACAUAGUGAAAUGAUUUCUAAUUACCGACUUAGAUACAAAUUUAAAAUAUAAAAAAUAACACGAUCGCGAAAAGAAAGAUAAGUAAAGCGAAGGCUUAGACACAAAACUUCAUUCAUUAAAAAAACUAAGAAUUGUAGGAGGUAAUAAAAAGCAAAUUCAGCGCGAAAACAAGGAAGGGAUACUUGAUAGUUUGUUUAUCUCCUUUUCAUCAUAUCCAUAAUUUCAGAACGUUUGAAUGCAGUUUUCUAAAAUAUACAUCCAAAUUUUUAGAGAAUUACUUUUUAUAAAUAGUAUUUUAUAAUUUAAAAAAAAUAGACAAUUAAAUAACUAUUCCUUGGAUAUUAAUUGGUUUAAAUUUUAUACGCUGGGAGCGCUUCUAUCUUUUCUUCCAGCAUGGCCGUUCAAUUUCUGCAGAAAUUCUCUUGUACAUUGAGUGCCAGUAGAACAUAUAGUACAGCAUUGAGGAAAGCAACAUUAAUUCCUGGAGAUGGAAUUGGCCCUGAAAUUUCUGCUGCAGUCCAAAAAAUAUUUAGUGCUGCUGGAGUACCGAUUGAGUGGGAAAUAGUUGAUGUCACACCUGUAAGAGGACCAGAUGGAAAGUUUGGAAUACCUCAGUCUGCAAUUGAUUCUGUUAACAGAAACAAAGUCGGACUUAAAGGUCCACUGAUGACACCAAUUGGUAAAGGCCAUAGAUCUUUAAACUUGGCUUUGAGAAAAGAAUUUAACCUUUAUGCGAAUGUGAGGCCAUGCCGUUCAAUCGAAGGAUACCCUACACUCUAUGAGAAUGUCGAUGUUGUGACAAUCAGAGAGAACACAGAAGGUGAAUAUUCGGGGAUAGAACAUGAAAUUGUGGAUGGAGUCGUUCAGAGUAUCAAGCUUAUCACUGAAGAAGCAUCAAUGAGAGUUGCUCAGUUUGCUUUCAAAUUUGCCAAAGAACAAAAUAGGAAGAAAGUGACGGCUGUUCACAAAGCCAAUAUCAUGAGGAUGUCAGAUGGGCUCUUCCUGAGAUGUUGCCGAGAUGCAGCGAAGGAAGUUCCAGAAAUCAGGUUUGAAGAAAAAUACCUUGACACUGUUUGUCUAAGCAUGGUCCAAGAUCCAUCUCAGUACGACGUCUUGGUCAUGCCAAACCUUUACGGUGAUAUCCUAUCUGAUAUGUGCGCUGGGCUUGUUGGAGGUCUGGGACUCACACCCUCUGGAAAUAUUGGAACUAAUGGCGCAUUAUUUGAAUCGGUGCACGGUACCGCUCCUGAUAUUGCUGGUAAAGAUCUUGCUAACCCGACUGCUCUGCUUUUAUCUGGGGUGAUGAUGUUGCACUAUUUAGAGCUUAGUAGUCACGCUGACAAAAUAAAAGCAGCUUGUUUAGAAGUGAUCAAAGAAGGUAAACAUCGUACUGGAGAUCUAGGCGGUACUGCCACCUGUUCAAAAUUCACAGAUGAAAUAUGUAAAUUGGAUGAGUUUGAAGGAAAACAUCCUCAUCAAGAAAAGGAACCUUUAAAAGGAUUUGAGGGUGGUGUGAAUCCUGUUACUGGAGAAAUUGGUGGGCCAAUAGGCCCAGAACCGACUAGAUAUGGAGACUGGGAGAGAAAAGGGAGGGUUUCAGACUUCUAGCUCUUAACUCUCUGCAUUAGUUGUCUUAUUGGCAACCUUAUGAAAAAGGAUAUUAUUGCCCCAAAAGUCAAAGAAAUAGUAGGUUUCUUGAUGGUGAAGCUUCUAUGAAAACAAGUGAUUCAUAUGACAGAAUUCAUAGAAAUUACAGAGACUGAAAUGGAAAACACAUUUUUUUUUUUUUUUAAUACUGUUAAAAUUUAUUUAUAAUCACAUUGUCUGUAAUAUGGUUUUGUGUUCAUAUCAGUUGCUAAGUAUUUUAUCAUUUUCAAUUUCUUCUAGUUCGAAUCAACGUUAUUUUUAUGCGGUUGUGUGAAUUAAAAGUAUAUUAAAUGUUUAGCAUAUUAGAGAUUCACCAAGAGGUGAUGCAACAUUCUAAAAGGAGUUAUUGUUGUUAUCAUCAAAAUUAGUGCUAUCAGAAAUAUUAAAGUGUGAAAUGUCAUAUUUACACAGUGUAUAAAUAAUAA